AUGUCCACAGAACAACAACACGUUUGCUUAGACGAAUUACAAUGGAAAUCACCAGAAUGGAUCCAAACCUUUGGGUUAAGAACAGAUAACGUAUUAGAUUAUUUUGCCGAAUCCCCAUUUUUUAUCAAGACAUCUAAUAAUCAGUUAAUCAAAAUGCAACAGCAAUUUUCAAAUGCUAAUAUAGAAAAUAAUAUGGAAAUUUCUAGUAGAAACAAGGAUGGUGUAGACGCUUUACCAUUAGAAGAAUACCCUUUAAACAGACAAUUCAUUUUACAAACAUACCCAUCUCACAGUUUUAUAGAAAGAGAGUUUAGAAAAUUAAAUAACGGAAUUGAAUAUGUUUUAUGGUUUGUUAGAGAGCCUGAUUUUUGGGUUAUUCGUAAACAAUCAAAGGAAAAAAUUACCAAUUCAUCCUCUACUCUACGCACUAAAACGAGUUUUGAAUUCACUGUUUUACAAGAUUAUUAUAUUAUUGGUGCAAAUGUAUACAUGGCACCUCAGUUGGGGAAAAUUUUAAAUAGUAGGCUAUUAAGUACAAAUUAUCAUUUAAGUAACGCAUUGAAUAAAUUGAGUAUCCUAAGAAAUGGGUUCACACCAGCACAAGGUUUUAAAUUUAUUAAAGUACAAAACCAAUUGAGUAAUAACAACAGCAGCCAGCAACUACAAUUACGUUCUGGUAUAAACACUACAAGCACCGGCAGCGUCAACAGCGGCAGCAUCUCCAGUGUUGCCCCUAGCACUGGUCCUAAUACCUUGCUUGGAGCCCCUACAGCUAAUUCCGUUAAUAAUAUGGGUAAUAAUAGUGUAGGAGGGAGUGCAGGUGGCAUUGGAACUAGUACGAAAGACCUAUUAACUCAAGAAGUUACAGAUAAGUUGCUUCUAAGUAGUAUAAAAAGUCAACCUGUGUACAUAUAA